CCCACUCGUUCCAUCUAUGCUCUCACUCGCGGGGAAAUUACGAGGGGGCUCGCGAAUCGCUUUGUCCAUUCGCGAACUUACAUAUUUCUCUAUCUCGGGAUGGCAGCGUUGUCGGUAACGACUAUCAUUUUAAGCUUGACCGACGGGUGCCCUGGUUUGCCAUUCUACAUAUUGGAAGUCAUUAUCAACACCUCAAUGAUCCUGGAAGUUGGAAUUCGCUUUGUAGCGCUAGGUCGCCAAUUCUGGAAGUCGCCGUUUAACGUCAUGGAUCUCGCCCUCACGGCCUUUUGCGCAAUAACACUCCUUGUCCUAGCUUUUGCAAAAUGCGGCGCGGGGAGCAAGAAAGAAGAAAUAUUUGACACUUUGUUGCUUAUCGCUCGGAACGUUCUUCAAUUCGGUCGAUUGGCGGCGGUAAUGAGACAAUCCGGACAAUCUAUAUUUUCCAGACCAAAACCUAUUGACAUCAAUACCGCACGUCGGGCCGGUUUCGGUUUGGAUUUAGACAUGGAUAGCGAUGACGACGAACUCAACCGG